UGGGCUGCUGCGAGUUGAGGCUGGCAGCGGCGGCAGCUGGAUCCAGCCCUCAGCCCUCCCCCUUCCCAGCCAUGGAGACUUUGCUCCUGACCCUCCCACGCUGCCUCCUCCGGCCGCACUGCCCUGCCAGGGGCUGCCGGUGGCUCGGCCUGCUCCUUGCCCUCCUCGUGGCUGUGCCCAGCUGCGCAGGAGGCGACGGGACAGGGGCCAGCGUGGCCCAGCGGGCACCGUGCCUGCAGGAAGAGAGCUUAGUGCUGCAGGGGGAAGGCCCCGGGGCGCCCAGGCUCAGCAGCUGCAUGCUGCAGUGCGCGGCUAGAGCCAUGCUGGAGAUGGCGGGCGCCCAGAGCACCCUCUCGCUGAAGCUCAACGAAGGCAGAGAAGGUGAAGAACACGAGUUCUGCUGGAUGCUGCACCUCCGCUGCGAGAAGGGCGAGAGGCUCACCAAGGCCUUUGUCCUGCUGAACCUGGAGCAGCCUCUGGAGCAGGGGGAGCAGCAGCUGCCGCCACCACCACCUCCCUACAGGCUGCUCCUCACGGCUCCUCCCUCCUUACGCCAGCAAGUGCGGGCCUGCCAGGGGAGCCGGGCGACAGGGCUGCUGCGUGGGGAAGCCUGUGGCAUCCGCUUUGACGUGACCAAGCCCUUCCGCAGUGCUGAGGGAGGCCGGGGCGCCCAGAUGUGUGUCAAGGCCAUCUGUCCUGAGAGAGACGUCUGUGGGGCCUUGAGGCUGGCCCUGCGGUGUCCACCUUUUUUGGCCACAUUGUGGCACAGUCUGCCCCUGCCUGAUGGCUAGCCAAGGGGAAGGUGGAGGGGGCCGUUCCUCACGGCACCAAGGAACUACUGAGAGCAGAGCGUGGGGGAGAAGGGCACUGAUCCCCACUCCCUCCAGUUCAGCUGCUGGCCCAUUGCCAAUAUCAGAGUAGUAUUGACUUGCAUUUGUAGGGAACACUGUCCACAUUCUGUCAGUCAUUGCUCUGCAGUCUUCUUGAUCUACCUGUUCCUACCCUUACCAAACUGCUAUGCCCUGCCCACCCUCUUCUGUGUCUCCAUUCAUUCCUUCAUUUUCUCUUAGGCUUUUUCUUGGUACACUUUUGGGAAUACUAUGGUUUUUGUCAGGGACUUUUUACUCCUGGCUUGCUGGGAGGUGUGGCGGGGAAGCUUUGAGGUGCUGCUAAGAGUCACAUGUCAGGGUUUCAAAAUAAACCAGCUAAGCCUA